AUGGACAAUCACGAUGAUGGACAAACUGAUUCCGAAAAAGAUGCGGAUGGUGACAUUCUGCCGCGCUUUAAGGGUUUGCCGAAUAUCACAGAAGGUGUCGAGAAUAUCCAUACACAUCUGCUGAAGCGACACGUCUAUCUAUAUCCCGAGGAUGGCACCCACAGAAGGUGGGUUUCCCCCCAAAUAAUAGUUCUGUUCGCAACGGGCAAUGUUAGCCAGGUGGUCGAAGCAGCCGUAAAGGAUCUUAAGCAUCCAAUUGGCACAGGCCUCGUUGCCAGCAUACUGGUGCAGGAGCCGUUGCGUCAGACCAUAAUACGGAAAAUACGUGCCCGCAUGGAGCUAAUGGACGAGCGAAUACCUGGGCAUCCAAACUUUCUGAACUCCCUUAAGCUGAUUGAGCGAAUGAAUUGUAAGACUGUUUAUAUAGAGGAAUUCGACCCGGCCGACAAGCAAAAGUUAUAUGGCAGAAUGAAGCCCAGAUCGCCCAUUAUUGUCCUGGACUUCCCCCAAGUCUAUUUUGGCGAUAAGCCCACGGCGAUUAUAACGCUAAAUACCUUUCGGUCUCUGAACGAAGCUGUCAAGCUGUGCAAUCGGGAGGGUCUCGCUUUCGAAACGGUUUCCGUUUGGACUAACAAGCUGACCGAGGGCUAUGAUAUGGUAUCCGGGCUGCCAAGGUUUUCAAAUUUCCGAUUCAAUUGCAUUAACGUGCCCUUCAAGGCCAACGCCAUGGUAACGGUCAAAGAUAGCUAUCAUUACGAAGUGCUAGCAGCUAGCGGCGAGCUGACGACCAUUGCCUUUCCAAUACAGCACGAAUUCUGA